ACAAUGCCCACUACAACUACAACAACUAUGCCAACUACAACAACAACAACAAUGCCCACUACAACUACAACAACUAUGCCGACAACAUCGACAACAACAAUGGCGACUUCCCCAGCCGCUAAAAGAAAGGGGACAGAGAUCCCAGAUGUUAUGAUCACAAAAAGCAGCACUAAGAUAGAAAUCGGAACGACUACUCAAGGCACAGAUAGAAGGGCAAAUGUUGAUAACAGAUACGACGCUCUGGUGGACAGGCAAGAGGACAACGACGGGAGCAGUACAGGAACAUACAUCGCCAUCGGAGCCAGUAGUUGUGGAGUGAUGUCCCUUGUGGCGGCGAUCUUAGCAUUGGUAUUGAGAAGACGCAAACGUCAGUUAUCAGCAGAAGCAAGCAACCGGACAACCAACACCAGGGAAAAUCCAAUAUACGAUAUAAUGCACGGAGAUGGGGGCGUCCCUGAAAAUAGCUAUGCUUAAGUGACAUAAAAACGGAAUGUGUACGUUCGAGUUGGAUGAUGUUAGAAAGAAUGAUGAAGAUAGGUAUAUGUAAAAUUUAAAAGAACAAAACUGUUCCUUAUGGCCAAUGUAUUAUCGAAAUGAUCAAACAAGCAUUUAAGUGUAACUGUCUGUAUCUUAUUCCUUGUGAGAAAAAACUCGUAUGAUACCAUUUAUACAUGUGGUUUUAUAUCAUCUAUGACUAUGGAGUUAUUUCAUGUUUAUGUAUUACGAAGACUACGACGCAUUUGAUAUACAACAUUUGUAUAAACUAGAACGUUAUCUUGUCAUACCAUUAUCGCUAUAAGUGAUCUUAACACGGGAGUGAGAGAGGGGAAGUAGAGUGGAAGGAUUGUAUGCAUAGUAUACUGUAUAGUGAUAUUUACCUAUGGUUGAUAAUACUAUCUGUGAUAUCAGCUGAUCAUUGUAUAUUAUUUAGAUAAUCAUUUUUAUAACAUGUUUUUAAUAAAAAUAUUUUUGAUAUUUUAAA